GCAACAACAACACGUCACCAAAGAGAAAACUUUCAAAACCAUCGUACAUCCCACGGAAAUAAAUUGCGGCGUAUCUACCAACUCACAAUGACCCAAGUCCCCGUGCCGAAGCCCCAAGAUGACUUGCAGACUGUUGUAGAGUCUCGGACGAGGGAAUGGCACUUUCACAUCUACUUCCUACUGCAAUCGCCCACUGAAACAGCCGCAGCACUUGCGCUUCGUGAUGCAGUAUUAAGACUUCGUCGCGAUGGCGCCUUUGUGGCCGUUCCGCUACAUAGAGUGAACGAGUAUCCUACUGGGCCGCAUCCCGCUGGGUCCUAUGAGAUCUGGGUUCCAGAUUCGUCGUUCUCCGACGUCUUUUUCUACCUGGCAACAAACCGAGGAAACUUGAGUAUCCUCAUCCAUCCUCUAACUUCGCAACAACGUCGAGAUCACGAGACUCGCAAUGGCUGGUUAGGCACACCGUGGCCCAUCUAUCUGGACGGGCUGCCUCGCGAAAGUGACGAGGUUCCUCUUCAAUAUCCUGAGCUGGGCCUUGGUUGGUCAACCGUUCCAGAAGAUGAGAUAUCACUUGAUGAGAGGAGAAAGAGAGGCGCAAAAAUCGAGGCGCUUUUGGCUAAUGAUCCUGAGGCGGCCCCUGCCCCUCAAGACUGAUGAUUGAGUGUGGUUUACCAGAGACUCAGGUUCUCCAAUAGAGUACUGCUAUUGUGGAAGUACGGGGUGCCAUACCCCCUGUAGAGUUACAUGGUAGCUCCGACUUAGUGCUAAGAGAAUUUCUGGGAACUGUUGUUAAUGUUAUGCGGACUUUGGAAAUCUCCAUGCCUAUCAACUGUGAUUACAUGCACUACGACAUAACCUAUCAUCAAAGAGAAAUGUUCAAGGCAUGCUUUGUAAGGACGAGAUUUAUAUCUUAGUACAAUAACAUU